AUGGAGGCAGCCCCCGGCGUGUCACCGCCGCAGGCGGACACGGACCGAGCUGGAUGUACCGCGACGCAGCCCACCGAGCCGGCUGGCGCCCACGGAGCUUCGCCGUCGCCGACGGGAAGCCUUCCAACGCGGACCAGCCAUGCAAACGAAGCCGCUGGUGACGCCGUGUUGCCGCCGCCGGCGGACACGGGCCAGCCCGGGGCCACUGCGGUGCAGCCUGCAGGUCCGAAUGGAGCUGCUGAAGCCUACGGAGCCUCGCCGCCGCCGGCGGGAGGCCUACAAACGCUGAGCACGGGCCGAGGUGCAGCUGCCGGCCCCGCCGUGUCACCGCCGCCGGCGGACACUGGCCAGAUUGGGUGCAGCGCAGCGCAGUCUACCAGGCCGGCUGCCGCCUACGGAGCCUCGCCGCCGCCGGCGGGAGGCCUACCCACGCGGACCAGGGACGGAGGUACAGCCGCCGGCUACGCCGUGUCGCCGCUGCCGGGGGACACCAGCCAAGCCGACUGUUGUGCGGCACAGCCCACCGAGCUGAGUGAAACUACUGACGUCUACGGAGCCUCGCCGCCGCCGGCGGGAGGCAUGCCAACUCGAAGCACGGAUGGAGGCCCAGCCGCCAGCACCGCCGAGUCGCCGCCGCCGGGAUGCGUGUCCGCCGGUGACAAGUCCGACCGGCGCGGUGACACGAACCUCGGUGACACCACCCUCCACUCGGUCGAGGUGGUGGAUGACCUGCUCGGUCCGACCGUCGAUAACGAGGUGUGGGAGGACGUUGAUGACCCGCUUCACGCAGCUGCCGUCGCAGCUAUGCACGCUGAGCGGGAUACGGAAAGCGACGCGCGUCUGCCGCCGCUCGUGGACCCGAGUCUAGGGGUGACCAGAGCCGCCGCUGACCGCGACCCGUGGCCGCCACCGACACCGGAGCGACGCCUGCCGCGGACCUCCCCGUGCGACGGCGGGCGCGUCCGCUGCAAGAAGCGCCCGAGACGUCGCGGAAGAGAGCGCAGGCGCCGCCGUCUGCACCGCGCUGCGGUGCCGGUGGCCUUGUGCGCCCGGACCCCGGAGGGUCUGCUGUGGCGCCUUGGGGUGAAGACGAUGUGA